AUGGAUCAUGACUUACCUCCGUUAUCACCGGUGACUGAAGAUUCGAGAGAGGGAUCGAGGGUACUGUCGGAGACGUUGUCACAGAACCCAUCGGCGAUCUCAGCUUUGAUGAUAAUGAUCGACAACAUCAACCGACGUUUUGAUGACGAUGACCGCAGAAGAAAGAAGAAGGAGCAGGAAAGGGAGAGCCUUUCGACGGCAGGGAACGCUGGGUCGUCGAUGAGUGCGUUUCCAGUCAUCCAAUGA